AUGAUUAAGGAAGAAGCGAUCGAACAACGGGAUUCCGGUAUACUCGCAGACGAUCCGGCGAUAAAUAACAACAAUAACAAGGAAUCCGCAUUCAGAAUUCACAUUCGUAAAUCAAAAAUCAAAUCCAAAGACGCUGGUUUUUCGUCGACGUCCACUAGCGAUUCGUCGGGCGAACACUUGCUGAGCCCCACUCACCCGUUACCAACUCGAAUCGACGUCGAAUCUGAAAGUUCGAGUCCUCCGUCCGACACGUUCAGAAAUCACUCAAAACUCAAAAGGUUUCUUACCACCCUGGUGCAGUUCAGUGGACAGAUAUCGCCGCAGACUAGUGAACGAGUUAAGGGUCAGAUAUUCACCCUAGUGAACAAUUUGAUAAGUGUUGAAGAAUUUCAUCACAAUAUACAAGAAAUGACAAACUUCCCGCUACGACCAUUCGUACUGCCGUUUUUAAGGACUCACCUGCCUUCGCUACAACGUGAUCUGCUGUUAAUGGCCCGUAACAACAAACAGACGUUAAGCCAAUACCUGAAACAGCACGAGAACGCGUACUUGGACAGAGACUCGCAGGCCACCGAACCGUCGGAGAUCUUCCACCAGGUGGAGCGUGUCCCGCCGCCGUCGCCGAUGCCGCGCGAGAACAACAACAACGCCAACAACAACGGAACCAACGCCAACAACAACAACGGCGGCGGCGGCGGCGGCCACAAGCGGCCGUACCCGUUGGCCGCCGACGGUUACUACGAGGCCGGUUACGCGGCCGACAUGGAGUACCAGCAGCAGCCGUGCGUCAAGCGGCCGAACCUCGGGUACGCCGUGCCGUUCAUGUACCAGCACCCGCACGUCCACCCGCAGGAACCGCCGCCACUGCCUCCGUCGCACCCGUACAACAUACUGCCACUGCUGCACAUCCGCGAGGUGGAGGACCACAAGGGCCACGUGGAGGACGAGUGGAAGAACAUUCACGUGAUGUUGAACUGUAUACUGAGCAUGGUGGAGAAGACGAAAAAAGCGCUGGGUAUACUCCAGGAGCGCGGCAUGACCGAGACGAGUUUUCCGGACUGGAACCGGAAGAAAACGACCGAAGAAAUCCUGGCACAGACGGUACGGCACACGGAAGAAAAGAUAGAAAUCAUCAAAAAGAAAGCUGAGGAUUCGAUGAACGAGAUACGACAUCAGGCCAUGAUGGAGCUGCAAAAACUCGUGUUGGCCGCCGAAAACAAAAUGAUCGAACUGGUGGCCGCGGAGAGGACGAAAAUGAGCGGCAGGAGCUCGGCGGCCGCGGCCAGUCUGCAGAUAUCGCCGUCGCUGAUUUCGCAGUACAACAGCUGUUGGAACUGCGGCCGGAAGGCGAACGAGACGUGCAGCGGGUGCAACACGGCGCAGUAUUGCAGUUCGUUCUGCCAGCACAAGGACUGGGAAACGCACCACCAGACGUGUUGCGUGCACUCGGCCGCGGCGGCCACCGUGGACGCGGCCUCGUCGCCCGGCAAGAGGCACCACCAGCAGCAGCCGCCGCCGCCGCCGCCGCCGUCGUCGUCCUCAUCGUCAGCCGCAGCCGCUUCGUCGUCGGCGGCAGACGAUCUGUCCGCAAACCGAGCGCAAUCGGCGGUGGCCGCCACCGCCGCCGCCACGCCGUCGUUGUCGUCGUCGCUAAAGGCAGACGAACAUGCGUCGUCGAUGCAGCAGUCGUCGGUCGCCACUGUGGCCACUGUGGCGGCGGCGACGGUGGCGACGACCACGACCAACACCACCACGACCACUUCGACUGCUACCACGACGACGACCACCGCGGCCGGCGGAUCGAAACAACAACAACAACAACAACAAUAG